CAGGGCGGCUUUUCCAAUUCGAUUUUUUAAUUUUUCUGUAAUUAUGGAGUAAAUAAACAGAUCAGUCUAGGAAUUCCCCCAGAAAAAGCUCUUUUUGUGCUCUCCCCUGUCAUGAGGAACCAGGGCCCAGUGACCACAGGUUUUGGGGAUAAGUACGUAAGCACAUCAAGGACCAGAGAUUCUUUUUUAGGAUGAAAUAAGGUCUCAGAGAUAUAUAUAUUUUUAUGGUAGAUGGUAUUGAUGAGAACAAGAAUGGGUUUGAGCACGAUUUACUGCGGCCCCAAGAAGAAGAAGGUACAGGUGAUCCAGCCCGAUGGUAAGCACCGCCAUGUCUGCCCUCCCAUGACGGCACGCGCCCUUCUUCUGCAAUAUUCGCAGCAGUAUUGUGUCCGGCACGUCUCGGGUUCGAUUCUCGCCAUGGACGACGAAUUGGAAGGCGGAAAUACCUAUUUGCUUUCGCCGCUGCCCAGGCUUUUUCCUUCUUCUCCAGGCGAUGGAAAUUCUGCAAAUCUGAAGCGCGCUAAGUCAUGGAAACCCUCGCUGCAGGUCAUUGCGGAGAAUAAUGCGCCUGUUCGCCGUUCCGUCGAUAAACAGAACAAAGAUUUUGUAAAGCCGGCCCCUGGAAAACCCCAAUACAGGGUACAUCAGAACACAUGGCAUCUGGAAUCCCCGAUUUGUAUGCCGUAUGUCGGACCUACUGGCUUUAUGUUCUGAUCCGGGAAGAAAAUUUGAGGAUCUGUGUGAAGCAAUUCAGACGUAAAUAUAUGUGUAUAUCAUAUUCACUCUUUGUGGGAGGUUCUGUGUUUGUGUUCCUGGUGCAUCUCUGUAAUUUGUAUCUUUGCAAAUGGGAAUCUUAAAUACUGGAAACCCCAAUGCUUGUUGA